AUGUCUUCCUCCGAACAUGCUAACGAAGCUUUGAAUCUUGUCGCCGACAAGAUUCAACGGAUCAUCAAGAAGUCCGAGAAGCUCCCAAUGGGAGACUCGGGUUCAAAAACUUUGGCACAUGAGAUUGCCGUUACUUUGAACUCCGAGACAAGAGCGCACCUGAAUGGAAAACUCAAGGGCUUACCUGACUGGGCCACUAUAUCCGACCAGGAUACUCGCAUCCGCGGUCACCCGCUUUUCAACAAGACAAUCAGAUACACGCGUCCUGUUCCUCCGGCCUUGCCUCCUCCAGUCGCAGCCCCCAUUCGCACUCAUCCUGCAGCCCAGGCCAGCAACUCAACUCCUUCAGAGGUGGCAUCGGCCCUUUUCCCCAUGGUAGCUUCCAGCGCCACCACCUCCGAACCCCGGCAACAAAUGGAAGGCACCAACAUCCUGAACCUGGACAAUGAGGAUGAAGAGCUGGCGCCGCUACCGGCCAAAUGCCUGGCAUCUAAAUCCGGGCGUGAGGUGUCGCAAGCUCCUCGCGAGCGCAGUCGACCUCGGAAGAAGGUGAAGUCGAAGAAGAUUAUUAGCGAGGAUGAGGAUGAUGAAGUCCUCCUGACUAAUGUAAUUUAUGUGAAGAAUAAGAAGCAACCCGAGGACACUGUCCCUGUAGUCGCUCCAUCAGCAGGUGCCAAGCCCAGUAUUGACACUGCGAAGAAGCCGGAAUCUUCAGCGCGCAUCUUCGGCGACCAAUGUGAGUGUUGCAUCAAGUAUGAUGUCACUUGCAUGGUUGCUGCUGCAAAGAAGGCUGGCGAAAUCUGGAAGUGCUGCCGCACUUGUGAUGAGAAGAAGACCAAGUGUGUCCGGCUGGAUCCCGCCGCAGCUGAACUUCUUCGUGCGCAAAUUGCGUCGAAGAAGGCAAAUGCUUCUGCCGCAGCUGACAAGAAAUCCCGACUUGCUGCGGGCCGGAAAGGAAAGGGAUCCUCAUCCCGAGCCCAAUCCCGAACUCGGUUGAAGGGGCCAACCGGUGACCGCGCAACCCACGCAACGUCGCGUGUGCGUCGCACAUCCCCUGAUCCGGUCAUUGCCUCAAACACGGAGGACUCAGCAGAUGAGGAUGCUGAGGGCGACUAUGACACACAACCCGAAACACUUGUGACAAAGGCACCUGCAGAUGCAGAGGCCAGGCCCGCUGCUGUUGCACCAGCGGCCACUGUCGACAAUGACGUCGACAUGAUUGUCACACCUGACGUUGCGCCCACAGACAUCGUAGCACCGGCGGUUCCGAUGGUUGAGCCGACACUGAACGACGUCAUCCGGACGAUCGAGGUCCUUGGGACCAGGUUUGAAGCGAUGGUUACUCGUUCAAGUGAUCGUGCUGAGGCACUGCACGAGGACAUGGUGGGUCGGAUCUCCACCUUGGAUGGAGAAUGGACCAGGCGGUUUGCCGCCAUGGAAGCUAAAAUCUGGGAUGUCAAGUUAAAAAACUCCAGCAACAUGGCAUCAAUCGGACACAUGGCCAAUGCCAUGAGCAUGUUCCGCCAUACUGGAAGGCCGACCUCCUUCAACCCACCUGCUGGACCGUCGAUGCAAGGUCACCCGUUCGCGGGUAAGGAGUACACCACUGCUUGGGACCUUUCACACGGCCCUCAGCCAGGCCCUUCGGCGAACAUGAAUGUAUCUCCGGUUCGGGCAUCCAGUGAGCCCCUGCAACUCCCUCAUGAUGUUUAUAGUUUCCCGCCUGCAAAUGCCUUCGAUAGUCAAUGA